UUCCCCGGCCCGUACAAGAACAAUGUCGACCUCCAUUUCCCUCCUCAUCCCUCCAAUUCUGGCUUUAAGCUGCUGCAGCCUCCUCCUCCUCUUUCCCCCAAUAUCCGCCGCGGAUUUCAAUCGAGAAUUCGAUCUGACAUGGGGACAAGGCCGCGCCCACAUACUCGACAACGGCCAACUCCUCACCCUUACUCUCGACCGCACCUCCGGCUCCGGCUUCCAGUCCAAGAACCACUACCUUUUCGGCAAACUCGACAUGCAGCUCAAGCUCGUCCCCGGCAACUCCGCCGGCACCGUCACCGCCUACUUCCUCAAGUCAGGGGGAGCGGCAUGGGACGAGAUUGACUAUGAGUUCCUGGGGAACUUGUCUGGCCAACCUUACACCCUCCACACAAACGUAUUCACCAACGGAAAAGGCGACAGGGAGCAACAGUUCCGUCUCUGGUUUGAUCCCACCGCCGAUUUCCACACUUACUCCAUCCUCUGGAACCCCAACACCAUCGUUUUCUCGGUUGACGGGAACCCGAUAAGAGAAUUCAAGAACCUGGAGGCGGCCGGGGUUCCUUUCCCGAAAUCACGGCCGAUGAGGCUGUACUCGAGCCUAUGGAACGCCGACGAUUGGGCGACCAGAGGUGGGUUGGUGAAGACGGAUUGGUCCAACGCUCCAUUCGCGGCCUCGUACAGAGAUUUCAGAGCAGGGGAGGUAUGCGUUUGGAGGGGCGGUGAGACGUCGACGUUUUGUACUCCACCUGCUGCCACGUCCGGGUGGCUGAAUCAGCGGCUGGAUUCGAUGAGCCAGCAGAAGCUGAGAUGGGUACAGACCCACUAUAUGAUUUACAACUACUGUACCGACACCAAGCGCUUCCCUCAGGGACCCCCAACAGAGUGCAAUACUGCUGCACACUAAAAACAAAUCAUCAUCAAUACUAUAAAAAAACAAAAUAAACAUAUAGCUAAGCUAAGGUGUUGGUUACUCUACUCUACGAAUGGUAGAUGUGUACUUGUGUAAUAUAUUACUAAGAAAAACAUGUAUGAGAAGGCUUGCCAAGUUGUAUAGGAAUUUCAACAACUAUAUAAAGAAAGCUGAGUUUGUAAC